AUGCGGUGCCACUACGAGGUCCUGGAAGUCGACAAGGAUGCCGACGACGCCGCGCUCAAGAAGGCGUACCGGAAGGCGGCGUUGAAGUGGCAUCCGGACAAGAAUCCCGACAACCCAGAAGCGCACGAGCUCUUCCAGGAGGUUGUGAACGCCUACGAGGUGCUCAGCGACAAACACGAGCGCGCAUGGUACGACUCCCACAGGGACCAGAUUCUCGGGUCAGGGAGCCGCCACCAGGCCGGCGACACGGGCUUUGAGAGCAACGUGCGGCCCGACGACGAAGUCGACCUCUACAAGUACUUCAGCUCGACCUGCUACAACGGGUACGACGGGAACAAGAGCUUCUACGUCGUGUACGGCCAGCUGUUCACGACCCUGGCGCAGCAGGAGCUCGCGGCGUACGACUGGCGCGGGGAGGACCCGCCGGAGAUCCCCCUGUUCGGGAGUCCGAACAGUCCCGCGCAGGAGAUCAAGAACUUCUAUUCGUUUUGGGCCAACUUCUCCUCGGCAAAGUCGUUCUCGUGGUGCGACCAGUACAACACGGCGUCGGCGCCGAACCGCUUCGUGCGGCGCCGCAUGGAGGACGAGAACAACAAGAAGCGGAAGAAGUACCGAAAGGAGUUCAACGACGAAGUGCGCAACUUGACUCUGUUCGUCAAGAAGCGCGACAGGCGCGUGGCGGAGUACCAGAAGCGCGAGGCCGAGGAGCGCGAGCGCAUGAUGGCUGCGAACGCGGAGCGCAUGAGGCGGGAGAAGGAGGAGCGACUCGCGAGGAUGAGGGAGGCGAAGGAGGCCGAUUGGGUGCGGGCGGCCGAGGAGGCGGAGGCCGCCGCGACGUUCGACGAGUGGGAGGAGGACGGCGGGGCCGUGAGCGGGUCCGGGUCGGACGGCGACGAGGAGGUGUGGGAGUGCGUUGCGUGCGAGAAGAAGUUUCGCAGCGAGGGGGCGCUGCGGAACCACGAGGGGAGCAAGCAGCACCGGAAGCGCGUGGCGCAGAUGCGGAACGAGCUGCGGAAGCAGGAGCGGAAGGCGAAGGGGCGGGGCGCGAAGGGGGGGGGUGUGCCGGCCGUGGAGGUGGCGUCGCCGUCUGUGGGCGGCGCGCGGAGCAAGAAGCGGAACAAGAAGCAGGAAAAGCUGUUCCGCGAGCGCAUGGCUGCGCUUGGGCUGGACGGGGAGGAGCGGGCGGGUUCAGACGCCGCUAGCGAACAGGCUGACAGCGGCGGUGGUUCGGCGGCGGAGGGCCGGAGCGGGGGAGGCGAGCGCGAGGACCGCGGCGGCGAGGAGGAGGAGGAGCGGGAGUCGGAGGACGCUGAGGAGGGGAGCUUGGAUGAGGACGACAUGCUUGCGGCGAUGAUGGGGAUGGCGGCAGGGAAGCAAUCGGGAGCGAAUGAUGACGAGGACGAUGACGAUGAGGACGAGGAUGAUGACGAGGACGAUGACGGGGACGAUGACGAGGAGAGCUCGGACAGCGAGUCUGACAGUGGCAGUGGGAGUGAGGAGGGGAGUGAGAGCAGCGAGGAGGGGGAGUCGAGCAGCGAGGAGGGGGAGUCGAACAGCAGUGACGAGGAGUCGAGCAGCGAGGAGGAGGAGUCGAGCAGCGAGGAGGAGGAGUCGGGGAGCGACGGUGACUGGGAGAUGGUGAAUGCCGCGGAGGCUGUGUCGGGCGAGGGGGGGGGUGUUGAGUACGACAGCGACGCGAGCGUGGACGAGGCGGCGAUGCUCGAGAUGAUGAUGGGCGGCGGCGCAGCGAAGCCCCCUGCGGCAUCUGCCCAGGCGAAGCAACCUGCGGGGGGCAAGAAAGGCGGCAAGAAGAAGCCGGCGGCGGCGGCGGCGGCCGAGGGCGCAGCCAAGGGCGGCGGGGCGGCCAAGGGCGCGCUGGGCAAGGCGGCCGCGCCGCUGUCGAAGAAGGAGGCGCGGAAGCAGCGCAAGGCGGCGAAGGCGGGCGCCGCCGCUGCAGCGCACAGCGACCUCAAGUGCAGUGUGUGCGGGGAGGAGUUCCCGAGCAGGAACCAGCUGUUCAAGCACAUCAAGACGACGGGGCACGCCGCGCUCAAGUACGCGUGA